AUGACUGAUGCUGAUGUAAAUCCGAAGGCCUAUCACCUCGCAGAUGCCCACCUUACCAGGAAACUACUGGACCUUGUUCUGCAGUCACGCAACUACAAGCAGCUUCAGAAAGGAGCCAAUGAGGCCACUAAAACUCUCAACAGAGGCAUCUCUGAGUUCACUGUGACAGCUGCAGAUGCUGAGCCCCUGGAAAUUAUCCUGCACCUCCCCCUGCUGUGUGAAAACAAGAACUUGCCCUUUGUGUUUAUGAGCUCCAAGAGGCUUCUAGGAGGAGCCUGUGGGGUCUCCGGGCCUGCCAUUGCUUGUUCUGUAACCAUCAAAGAAGGCUUCCAGCUGAAGCAGCAGGUCCAGUCCAUUCAGCAGUCCACUGAAAGGCUCUUAGUCUAA